CAGGCUUAUCAUUGGCAAAGCCACAACGUCAAAACCACUGGCGUUGAAGACAUGGUGCUACUGCAGAAGAUCAGCGAGUCGGCCAUUGUCGAUAAUCUCAAGAAACGUUUUAUGGAUGAUCACAUCUACACGUACAUAGGACCUGUAUUAAUCUCCGUAAAUCCUUUCGCUCAGCUAAAUAUUUAUGGGGAGAAGGAAAUUGAUAGGUACCAAGGAGCCGCUUCUUACGAAAACCCGCCACACGUAUACGCACUGACAGACGAUAUGUAUCGGAACAUGCUCAUCGACAUGGAAAACCAUUGCGUUAUUAUUAGUGGCGAAUCAGGAGCUGGCAAGACAGUGGCUGCCAAAUACAUAAUGAGCUACAUCGCCAAGAUAUCCGGCGGAGGUCAAACUGUCAAGCGAGUGAAAGACAUCAUACUGGAGUCGAACCCACUUUUGGAGGCGUUCGGCAACGCCAAGACUCUGAGGAAUAAUAACUCCAGUAGAUUUGGCAAGUAUGUUGAAAUACAAUUCAGUCGGGGAGGCGAGCCUGUGGGCGGUAAGAUAUCGAAUUUCCUGCUUGAAAAGUCUCGUGUGGUAACAAGGCACAAAGACGAACGCUGCUUUCAUAUUUUUUAUCAAGUCAUCAAAGGCGCCUCUUCUGAUAUGAAAGAUUCGUACGGCCUGACGAAUCUGGAGUACUUCAACUACCUCAGCAGCAGCGGUGGCUACAACGUCCAAGGCACUGAUGACGUCAAAGAGUUUCAGGAGACAAAGCACGCAAUGGGCGUGAUGGGUCUAACGAAGGCAGACGAGUCGAACGUGUUGAGUCUGGUGGCGGCAGUUCUGCACCUGGGCAACAUCACUUUCAAGGAGAAGGGCAACUACUCUGAUGUCUUCGAUAGGCAAUUUCUAGAUUUCCCGGCUCAUUUACUGGCCGUAGAUGCGAAUCGUCUGAACAAGAAGCUCAUCAGCAGAACAAUGGAAGGUAAAUGGGGUGGAAAAAAUGAAAACGUCGAGGUCACAUUGAACACCGAGCAGGCAGCGCAUACGAGGGACGCCCUGUCGAAGGCCAUCUACAGCAGACUCUUUGAUUUCUUGGUUGAAUCGGUGAACAAAGCGAUGGCCCACCCCCGCCAAGAAAUCGCAACCGGCAUACUCGAUAUAUACGGUUUCGAGAUAUUCGACAAAAAUAGUUUCGAGCAGUUUUGCAUAAAUUAUGUUAAUGAGAAGCUGCAGCAGAUAUUUAUUGAGUUGACGUUGAAAGCCGAACAAGAAGAAUACGUGCAAGAGAACAUAAAAUGGACGCCGAUUGAUUACUUCAACAACAAAAUCGUCUGUGAUUUGAUCGAAGCUAAAAAUCCUGUCGGGAUAAUUUGCAUUCUUGACGAUCUCUGCGCCACGCUGCAUGCCGUCAGUGAAGGUGCCGACGAGAAGCUGCUGGGGAAAUUGAACGCGGGUGUAGGCAGGCACGAGCACUACCAGCAGAGUGGGGCUGGAUUCGUCAUCCAACAUUACGCUGGCAAGGUCAUUUACGAUGUGUACGGAUUUUGCGAGAAGAACAGAGAUGUCUUAUUCCCCGACCUCAUUCUCAUCAUGCAGUCCAGUCGCAAUCGGUUCAUUGUUGAUUUGUUUCCCGAAGUAGUCGACGGCCAGGCCAAAACUAGGCCAACCACAGCCGGAACUAAAAUUAGAACACAGGCGAACAAACUGGUGGAGGCAUUGAUGAAGUGCACCCCCCACUACAUCCGCUGCAUCAAACCGAAUGAAACCAAGAGAGCGAAAGAUUGGGACGAAGAAAGGGUUCGACAUCAGGUUGAAUAUUUGGGACUGAAGGAAAAUAUCAGAGUGAGGCGAGCUGGCUUUGCAUACAGAAGGGUCUUUGAUAAGUUUCUUCGAAGGUACGCCAUCUUGACCCCGGAAACGUACCCCAACUGGAAGGGGGAUGUCAAACAGGGCAUUCUCCACCUUUUCAACCACGUCAAAAUGGACCACGAUCAGUACCAGAUGGGUAGAACUAAAGUUUUCAUAAAGAACCCCGAAUCCCUGUUUUUAAUGGAGGAGUUGCGCGAGAGGAAGUUCGACGCCUUCGCCAGGGUCAUCCAGAAAGCUUUCCGGAAGUGGAACGCCCAAAAACAAUAUAUAAGAUUAAGACAACAAGCUUGCGAUCUCUUGUACAACAAAAAGGACAGACGGAGAUACAGUAUCAACAGAUCGUUCGUUGGAGACUACAUAGGUAUGGACAGGGACCAUGCGAUUGGCAUCCGAGCUCUUAUGAAUAAAAGGGAGAGAGUUGAAUUUGCUGAUACCGUGAAGAAAUACGAUAGAAGAGCCAAGGCAGUCUCAAGGGAUUUAGUUGUGACGACAAACAGCGUCUACCUUAUUGGCAUGGAGAAGGCCAAAGACGGACCGCGGAAAGGUCAACUUUUGAAGGUCAUCAAGAGGAAAUUUCCCAUCGAGGCAAUUGAAAAAUUAUCACUGAGCACCAAGCAAGACGACUUGUUCGUUGUGUCCGUCAGUGGCGAUUACGACAGCGUUUUGGAGUCGGCGUUCAAAACUGAAUUCCUGACCAUAACCUCCAAGAGAUACAAUGAGAUCACAAGGAGGAACCUUAACAUCGUGUUCAGUGAUACGUCAGUGACGAUGAUGACGACGACAAUGAUGACGACGACGAUGAUGAUGAUAAUAAUUUCGACCUUAAAACUAUCAUCAUCAUCAUUCCAGGAUAAAAUUCAGUGUCAAAAAAGAAGGUUUCGGUGGGGGUGGUAGUCGAACGAUAAAGUUUGUUGACGGGAACUCGGAUCAAAUGCAACUGAAGAGUGGAUUCACUGUGGCCAUCAAGCCGGGACUUCCGAAAAACACAAGGCCAGGAAACCGGGAAAAAGUUUCGAGCAAUCAGAUUCCGUCGCAUAUUCGGGUUGUCCAAUCAGAAGAGAGGACCAGGCGGCCCACCAAUCAGCAACAUCAUCGUCAGCAACAACGGACAACCCAACAACAACAUUCUCAAAAUCGAAUAACUAACUCUGGUGGCGGUCGACCACUGCCUCCAAUCAACAAUGGGCCAUCGAGGGGACCGAGAACUCCAAGUGCCUACGGAGGGGGGCCCCUACCUGGUUUCAGACUGCCCCCUCCAGGUGGUCCUAGGAUGAAUGGGGCAAUGAAUGGACCACGGAGUUCUCCUGGGUCGUCGUCAUCAUCAUCAUUGUCAUUAUCGUCAUCAUCAUCAUCAAAACAAAAUGGCAGGCCUAGACCGCCCCCACCAAAACCGGUUCCGGCGGCAAAGUCGAGACCAGCGGCCAAUCGCUGUCGAGCGCUAUAUAAUUAUGACGCCAGUGACACAGAUGAAAUAUCUUUUAAGAUUAAUGACGUCAUCGAAAUUACUAAAGAAGAUCCGAACGGCUGGUGGAUGGGACGAUUAAGAGGAAAAGAAGGGUUGUUUCCGGAAUCUUACGUCGAAAAAAUUUAA